AUGGCGCCAGAAACAGUAUGCUCAAAAUUGGAAAGUAGCAUUUGACAAUGAAAUUGCCAUAAACAACAACAGACACGUAGUGUCAGUCAUUUGUGAAUGAAAACCAAACAAAUCAACACAGGUCAGUAUUAGCAGAUUAAAUUUAACCAAGUGGGAACAAAGCAGUUUCGUUGUGCGUAAAAAUGACGGAGUUGCAAAUAAUUUCAAAGCUGAGUGAUUCAGAACAACAGCCUCCAACUGCACUAACAUCAGUGCACGUGAAAACACCCAGGCGAAUAUUGCAUUUCAGCGAUGGAAUAAUGGAAGAAUACAGUUCAGAUGAUGAAGUGGACGCUGUAAACAAAGAUGAUGAGAAAGGACAAGGUCCGGCAACAAUGAUUGAUUAUGUUUUAAUAGGUGGCAACAAGGUAUUGGCUACUUGCGAUUAUGUUGGAGAAAAGAUUGCGGCUGCUCUGGGAAUAACAACACCGAAAUACAAUUACGAAAUCGAGCAAUUUAAAAAGAUCCAAAAAGAACAACAGAAAGCGGUCGAAGAAGAAAAGAUUACUGGGGGCUGGAUGCAAGAUACACUCUGCGAAAAAUAUAGCCUUUCGGAGAAGGAAAACAACAACAGUCCAAUUAUUUCACAAGAAGGCCUCCAGAAAUACUAAUAUCCAAGUCACAUGUGUUCCGAAUAUAUUAAAAAUCAAGAAUCAAAACUCCAAAGAUCACCAAUGGUCGAAUCAUAAGCAACGAAUAUUUAAAUGGAAAAAGCGUUGUGAUAAUUUACAAAAAUCUAUUUUUUCUACCGAAAUAGGAAACAUAUCACAAUACGUUUCAAAAUGAUUUAUUUUUGUAUACAUAUGAAAUAUCCAUACUUAGUGCCUUUAUUGUGCUUGUCUUUAUUGCGCCUUUCUCUUUUACUGAGGCAUUGUUUAUUAUUUAUUUUUUAGUAAUCAGUAUUCGCAACUGCUGUAAAUGCGCAACUGUAAUUCAUUUUAAAACCAAAUAAAACUACAUUUGAAUUCUAUAAA